CUGCUCGCAACACGUUGCCGUUUCUGGGGAAAUUCAUACAAACUAUUUGGUGAAAUCCCCGCAGUUUUUGUUUACUAGUAGUUCAACGACCCGCGAUUACAGACGCUGACGAAAUACGAAUGUAUUUAGUGAAAUCCGUAGGGUCGUCACUCCAUAGAACUCUACGAACCCUAACGACGAGUACAUCGAUGGCGGCCACAAUAGCCUCCGCAAAAGAUCCUCUAACAGGACCGCGCUAUGAGCGUGAACCAAAUAUUCUGAAGAAAAAGCUGGCAUCCGUGGUGCCGGGCACCGUCAAUCUGCAAGUCUUGGGCUCCGGCGCCAAUGGAGCACCUGCCUCUGUAUACCUUUUCACCGAUCAGGCUCGAUAUCUGUUUAACUGUGGCGAGGGAACACAGAGAUUAGCCCACGAGCACAAGACCAGGCUCUCCCGCUUGGAGCAGAUCUUCGUUACUCAAAACACUUGGGCUUCCUGUGGCGGAUUGCCCGGACUGACCCUCACCAUCCAGGAUGCGGGAGUGCGCGACCUGGGACUCCAUGGACCACCUCAUCUUGGCUCCAUGCUGCAGUCCAUGCGACGAUUCGUAGUGCUGAAGAACCUUCAGGUGCAGUCGUUUGAUUGCUCCGAGGGAGCUUGCUUUGAGGAUUCCAUUCUUAAGGUGGACUCUCUGCCGCUGAUUAGCUCAGAAAAUCCAAAAAAAUGUGUCAUCAACUACAUCUGCCAGCUAAAACCACGCGCUGGAGCUCUUAACCUGCUCAAGUGCGUGGAGAAGGGUGUGCCGCCAGGUCCUCUGCUUGGACAGCUGAAGAAUGGGCAGGAUAUAACCCUUCCCUGUGGAACAGUGGUGCGUUCAGCUGAUGUCACCGAGGCCAGCGAAACGGCUCUGUCCUUUGUUUUCCUGGAUGUGCCCAGCGUGGAAUACUUGCCAGGACUGCUGGCACAUAGUAAACGGCUCAAGAAGUUGGGCGAAGAGCAGCUUACCGAAGUGGCCCUGGUGUUGCACUUCACACCUCAUCUUAUAGCUUCGUGCAAGGACUACAAGGAUUUCCUCGAGGAGAAUUUCUCGCCGGGCACUCAGCACAUCCAUUUAAGCUCUCCCCUUAACCAGUUCUCUGGAUAUGCUGCUGCUCAUCGUAUCCAGCACCAAUUGCACCAGCUGGCCCCGCAGGUUUUCCCACUUCUCGGCGAACAGAUGCCCUGUCAGAGUCAAAGCCUUAGCCUCAACCUAAAGAAAACCAAGUUGGAAGAUAACAAUGCUGGUAAGGCAAAUUCUAGCCAGGAAGAAGAACAGGGCGUGGUAGCCAUGACCAGCUUUCAUCUGCGGCCAAGAAAGGGUCUGGAUCGCACUCUUGAGUCCAAACUCACGCCAGAGGAGUACGUUAAGGAGACUCAUGCUGUGCCCGGCUUUACAGAACUGUUGGCCAAGUUCAAAGAAGAUUAUAGUUUCCCCAUUAACUCUGCUGACAGCUACCCGAAGAUAAUUUUCCUGGGCACGGGAUCCUGUAUACCUAAUAAGACGCGCAAUGUAAGCUCCAUUUUGAUCAAGACUGCAAUUGAUGCCUACGUAUUGUUGGAUUGUGGAGAAGGCACCUACGGCCAGAUUGUGCGGCUCUAUGGAAGCGAUCAAGGGAAGCAUGUUCUCCGCCAACUGAAGGCUAUUUAUGUGUCACAUUUACAUGCUGAUCACCACAUCGGACUGAUUGGUCUGCUCCGGGAUAGGAGACAGUUGGAACCGAAGGCUGAGCCACUGAUUCUGCUGGCUCCCCGCCAAAUUGAGCCUUGGCUGGAGUUUUACAAUCGUGAGAUCGAGACCAUCGAUGAUGCUUACACUCUAGUGGCCAAUGGCGAACUUAUGGCUGGCCCCCUGACCGGGGAGAAAGUUGAACCCCUGGGCAUCACUGCCAUAUCCACCUGCCUGGUAAGGCACUGCCCCAACUCUUUUGGAAUAAGCCUCACUCUGGCAGCUAAGCACAAAAAUGAGAACGUAAAGAUUACCUACAGCGGCGACACCAUGCCCUGCCAGGAUCUGAUCGAUCUGGGGCGCGACUCCACCGUGCUUAUCCACGAGGCCACCAUGGAGGACGAAUUGGAGGAGGAGGCGCGCCUUAAGACGCACAGCACCGUAUCGCAGGCCAUUCAGCAGGGUCGCAAUAUGGAUGCUCGCCACACAAUUCUCACCCACUUUUCGCAACGUUACGCUAAAUGCCCGCGGUUACCCAGUGACGAGGACAUGCAGCGAGUGGCAAUUGCCUUCGACAAUAUGGAAGUGACCCUGGAUGAUUUGGAGCAUUACCACAAACUAUACCCCGCCCUGCUGGCCAUGUACGCCGAAUAUACGGAAGAACUAGAGCAGCGGGCCGUUAAGCGAGAGCUGAAACAGGAGCGAAAGCGCAAGUUAGUACAAACGUGAUCACAAGAGGAGCAGCUGAUCGCAGGAGGAGCAGCUUAACUUAUUAUGGGAGCUACUGGUAAAGUAGGGAAGUGUAAUUGUUUAUGCUUAGAUUAUAAAAAAUGCCUUGCAUCUAUGAAAUUUACACAAAAGCAAAGCGGGAAUAUAUUUUAAAUAUAAAGUUA